AUGUCCCACUUCUCUGACAGGAAUACUCUGAGACUCACAGCCAGUCAGAAGAAAACUUUAGAGCAGAUAUGGAAAGAAAAUAUUGCUGGGAAGCUGGUUUUCUAUCAGAUGGAAGGAAACGCCACCUAUGUGAGGAACACAGGAGAGCUGGCUUCAGAUGUUCCCACUGAGACCAUGUUUGAACUCUUCGAUCCACAGAUGAAUUUCAGCACAGCAAAGUUCACCUAUACCUGGGACCUAGGGAACGGAGAGGUGAUCAAAGGAACUGAGCCGGUGGUGCGAUAUAAUUACCCUGAGUCUGGAAACUACACACUGCGGCUGAAAGUGGGAGCGAAUUUAACCAAAUCUGCACCUCAAAUCACUGACGUUUACUCCAUGGAUGUACAAGUACUUGAUGCCAUUAGAAACAUCGAGCUGAAGGGCCCUUCUGAUUACGAGGUGUCUCAGAACACCAGCUUGGCAGUUCAUGUGGAUGGAAGUCCUCCCAUGUGGGUGUGCUGGCGUUUCCUGCCAAACUGUGACCCUGACAUGUCGGGUGGCUGCACGCUGACCAUGCUGUAUGAAAACACUUUGAGACUAAACCACACCUUCACCUCGGUCGGUGUCCACUGUCUGGACAUCAGCGUACGCAAUGACAUCAGCAAGCUGCAGACCUCCUUCAGCAUCUACGUCAAGAGAAGCUCUAGCACCCAUCUGUUCUUCAUCCUGGCAUGUGCUGCCAUACUUGUUGCAACGUUUUCCUUCAUCACUGUCAUCGUCUGUCGCCCUCGUCAUCAAAACAAAUCACAGAUUGCUGUCUCCAGUAAUGCCUUAUUCCUGAAAAACCAAGAAUCCGAGGGUCAAAGCACAAUUCUUUUUAAAUUCUCCAACGAGAAGAAUGAAGAAAAGGAGCCUCUCCUGAUGCAAUAUGGGACUCAAUACUCCUCUUAA